AUGCGUGCUCGCUUUCCCCCUGCAGGCUGUAAGGUGACUCCAGUAACCUCCUCAGCAGGACAUACAGAAGCGGUCAGUGCCAGAAGAACAGAAUCGGAUGAUGUGUCAGACAUUAUUGGCCUUAUUAGCCAUUUCACAGAAGCAGUUUUUGGAAGGAUUGAUGUCACUUAUCUUUUAGAAAAAUCAAACCUUGCUUUGACACUCUGCAAUGAGAAGAAUGAGCUUACAGCCCAUGCAGUUUUCCUGGACUAUCCAAAUUGGAAUAUCACCGAUCAGUCUGAUUGGGAAUUGUUCUUGCAUGAAAACUACAGUAACACUAAAUGCACUCCUUUGAACACAUUGUUCAUGCAUCUUUUUGUGGCAAAAGAAGAAUAUGCAGCUGGAUGUGCACAAGAAAUUGUGAGGAGAGCUUUUAUCACAGUACCAGAAUUGCAGUUUAUACUUCUCUUCAUACCAGCUGAUGAGAAUUUAGAGCCAAGCAUGGGAAAUGUCUUUGAAAAGAUGGUGGCAGCUCCUGGUUCAGUGGCAGAUGUAAACUUUACCUUGCUUGUGUGCCCCAGACACCGGUAUCACCCGCAGCUGUACGUUCGCAGAGCAAGGUUGGAAGAUUAUGAUGAUCUCAUGCCAAUCUGGACACAUCAGAGUGAGACUCUGAAAGAAACCUGCAGAGAAUAUUGUCUUGCUGAUCUCAUAGAAUAUCAGGAUGAAGAAAAUCAGGCAGUUGUUUGUGAGGCUGGUGGCACUGCAGUAGGAUUCAUGAGCUUAUGUUCUCAAGUAAAUGUUUCCUUGCUUCAAGAGUGUUUUGAUCUAGGGCCUUUCCAUGGGCUCUGUAAACCACAUCCUGAAGAUAUUCUCAAAAUGCCAGAGAAGCCAAGCAUUCAAGAAGAUGAAGACAAAAGCAACCAAACAAGUCGAGAAGCAGUGUCUGCUACAUCUCAAAACUUUGAAGAUAUUCAUGACUGGGAUGCAGCUGUUCAGAGAGAUGGAGCCAUUGCUGCUCCCCAUGCAGAACUGUCAUUAGAUGAUGUCAGAGUCAAAGAUUUCAAAGCCUCAGGCACGCUUCUCCUUGAGACUGCAGAAGAGGGUGCUUUUCACCCAGUGUACAGGGGAGCUUCAAACGCUUUCUGCAUCCGUCUGUUUUGUAUUGAUGAGGAGCAUGAAACUAGAUCGCUGGAUUUUUUGCACUAUGUUUUCAAGCUUUUUCCGGACAGAGACUUCUGUGUCAUCCUUGUGCCACAUGACGUCCCAGAGUCCCACCUGGCCCGGAGCUUUGUGCGGGCUGUCCCGUCCCGCGCUGCCGGGCUCGGCCGUGAGCUCUACGUGUUCCACCGCGCGGGGCUGCUCAGGUCCUUUAAUGUAAGAAGGGCAACAACCAAUGACCUGCCUGGAGUUGAAAUGCUCAUUAAAACCCUUAGCUUGAAGAAAAGUAUAUUGAAUGACUUAAAGAUAUUUAUUGAGGCUCGCAGGGAUCCAGAUGGGGUCCCAGUCCAGGCUUUCGUAGCAGAAGUUUUGGAUCAGAUAGUUGGCAUUUCUGUCACGAGAGAUGAAAUGGAUAUUGAGUAUAUUCGGUCACAUUAUAACAUAGAGGAUUUCAUUGAUUGUAAUCACUACCAGCAAGAGGAACAUGGACAUCUUUACCACUUUGUCUUAAAUCCUAUAUUUCGUCACUAUACAAAGCACUUUCUAAAGGAGAUUCUUCGCUUGGCCCACAAAUCUUCUCUUUACUAUCCUGUUUAUCCACCGUAUAUCGAAGGCAAGAUCUCUGUCUCAUUGCAGAACCCCUGCGCCCAUUCCCUGACAUCUGCCCUUCAUUACAUGGCUCCCGUGCGGCCCAGACGACAGAUUGUCUAUCCUCUGGAAGAGCUUGGCAUGAACGCGCCGGCAGAGCAGGUCUCCAAGGAUCAGUUGAGUUAUUCUUUGAACCACAUAAAUCGAAAGCUGGUGAUGCAAUCUAGAAGAUCUAUCAACACUAGAAUUGUGGUGGUUGGUGCAUCCGAUGUUGGAAUCUCUUUUCUGGAAACACUCAUUUUUUGUCCAGAUCUCAAGUUCAACAAUCUGACCUUGAUUUCAAUUCAUGGCCUUCCAGGAAGAGACCUUCUGGGCUUCAAACAUAGAAGAUUUUUAAUUAACAGCCACUGUUUUAAUGAUGAAGAUUAUGCACAGAUGUCACUUUGUUCCUGGGUUAACGUUGUGGUUGGUAAAAUGACUGGCAUAAACCGCGCUGCCAAAUACGUAGUGGUUUCCAAGGAGAAGAAGGUGCCAUACGACCACCUUGUCCUCUGCACGGGGCAGAGGUACCAGGUAGCAGCCCCCACUGGAGCAGAUAUCAGCAAACUCCCAACUAACAGAGACGUCAUGAGUAAGUGGCCACAGAGAUACACAGGGAAGGUCCCUUCCAAUCAUUUUACUCUCAAUGACGACCAGGACUGCCUGAAGGCAGAGCGCUGGCUGAAAGAAAAUGCUCUCAGCUCGGAAG